AGCCCUCUUAAAAGUGUGAACAACUGAUAUGGAUGAUGUGAUCCAUGAUGUGUUUCCAGAAAACCAAAUCAACUAAAGAAUCAGAAUUUUCUGUAGCAAACAUCAUACAGGGGUUGGUUCUUGUUGGCCAGUUUUAUCUUCAUAGGCAUACAAUUCAAACAUGCAACCUAACCAUGUUUGAAUAUAAGCCACCAAAUACAUAACCAGGUUCAAAACUUUCAUACAAGAACCUGCUUUUGUUCAUUGUUGGAACCUUCACUACUCUUAUCUGCAUUCCCUCUAUCCAUGUCCAACUUUUGCAAUUCAAGCCAUUAACCAUCUCAUCAAUAUCAGCUGAACCAUGCAUCUGAACCGCCUUUGCUUCAUUCUGCCAGCAGAUGUUGAUGAAAUUGAACCAAUUGAUCACAAAAAAGUCCAGAAAACAAAGGAAAAACAACCGUCUCCUCGUCACUGUGGCUCACAAGUUGUGAAUCUCCUUCGUACAUCAGUGCAUCGAUUCUUUGACUCAAAAUGGAUCAACUUCUGCCACCAAGAAGCCCCAGGGAAGCAUUUCUCUGGUAUGUUGUUCCAGGAUAUGGCAGGAGUGAAGAUGUCUGAGGAAGUAGGGGGCGAAAAUGCCAGAAUAUUCAGCUAUUCUGAGCUCUACAUAGGGUCCAAAGGAUUUAGUGAAGAUGAAAUACUCGGAAGUGGAGGCUUUGGCAAAGUCUAUAGAGCAGUUUUACCCAGUGAUGGAACAACAGUAGCCGUUAAAUGCUUGGCUGAGAGAGGCGAGCAAUUCGAGAAGACAUUUGCUGCAGAAUUGGUAGCCGUUGCUCAUCUUCGCCACAGGAACCUUGUAAAGCUCAGGGGAUGGUGUGUUCAUGAUGAUCAGUUGUUUCUUGUCUAUGACUACAUGCCUAACCGAAGUCUUGACAGAAUACUCUUUAAAAGGCCUGAGAAGAAUGGUUCAUCACCUCUUGAUUGGGAGCGUAGGAAGAAGAUAGUCAAUGGCUUGGCUGCUGCGUUGUUUUACCUCCAUGAACAAUUGGAGACUCAGAUCAUACACAGAGAUGUGAAGACGAGUAAUGUGAUGCUUGAUUCACAUUUUAAUGCCCGUCUUGGUGACUUUGGCUUGGCUAGGUGGCUAGAACAUAAGAUUGAGUACCAAUCAAGGACACCUUCAAUGAAGAAUCAACAAUUUCGGCUAGCUGAAACAACCAGAAUUGGUGGAACCAUUGGCUAUUUGCCACCGGAGAGCUUCCAGAAGAGAAGUUUCGCCACUGCAAAAUCUGAUGUAUUCAGCUUUGGAAUUGUGGUCUUGGAGGUUGUUUCAGGAAGACGUGCUGUUGAUCUCACAUACCCGGAUGAUCAGAUCAUCUUGCUUGAUUUUACCAGGAAGCUCUCCGAUGAAGGAAUACUUCUACAAGCAGGGGAUACUAGGCUCCCAGAUGGGUCUUUCAAGCUUUCAGACAUGGAACAAAUGAUACAUGUUGGACUUCUCUGCACACUUCAUGAUCCUCAAUCGCGGCCUAACAUGAAAUGGGCUGUGGAUGUACUUUCUGGCAACAUAUAUGGUAAAUUACCAGAUCUUCCUUCAUUCAAGAGUCACCCCCUUUACAUAUCUUUGUCGUCUCCAAGCAACAGUAGUUCUAGCUACACGAUCACAACAGGGUCUUCUACAACAAGAUCCACAACCAGCAUCAGCACUUCUGCUCUAAACUCAUCAAACUUUGUCACAGCCACUGGAGAAACCUUGUACGUAACAGCAGAGGUUGAGAACAGUAAUAUUGUCUCUUCACAUAGUAGCCACCCUCCGCCAUGUACUUUCCCGGUGGUUGAAACUCCAAGGGUGAUAACAUACAAGGAAAUCAUUGCUGCCACAAACAAUUUUGCAGAUUCACGGAGAGUAGCCGAGCUUGACUUUGGAACAGCCUAUCAUGGUUUCCUUGACAAUCAUUACCACGUUCUGGUGAAGAGGCUUGGCAUGAAGACAUGUCCUGCAUUGCGAGUAAGAUUCUCAAAUGAACUCCAAACCUUGGGAAGGCUUCGCCACAGAAAUCUGGUACAGCUUCGUGGAUGGUGCACUGAACAAGGGGAGAUGCUUGUUGUGUAUGAUUAUUCUGCAAAAUGCCUCCUAAGUCAUGUCUUAUUCCAUCAUACAAGCAGAAUCUUGCAAUGGCAUCAUCGAUAUAGCAUAAUCAAAUCGCUUGCUUCUGCCAUUCGGUACCUCCAUGAAGAAUGGGAUGAGCAGGUUAUUCACAGAAGCAUCACAUCUUCUGCCGUAGCUCUGGAUGCAGACAUGAAUCCUAGACUCGGUUGUUUUGCUCUAGCUGAAUUCUUGACACGGAAUGAACAUGGCCAUCAUGUCGUUAUUGACAAGAAGAGAUCAGCUUGUGGAAUCUUUGGAUACAUGUCACCAGAUUAUAUUAAAUCUGGAGAAGCAACUACAAUGGCUGAUGUUUAUAGCUUUGGUGUAGUGUUGCUUGAGGUGGUAUGUGGGCAGAUGGCAGUUGAUUUUAGGAGGCCCGAGGUGCUACUAGUGAGAAGAAUUCAAGAAUUUGAGGCGCAGAAAAGACCAUAUGAAGAACUGGCAGACAUGAGGUUAGAUGGAAAGUACAACCGCAGGGAAUUGUUGAGGCUGAUCAAAUUAGGCAUGGCAUGCACCAGCUCCAACCCAGAAUCAAGACCAAGCAUGAGGCAGAUAGUAAGCAUACUUGAUGGUCAUGAUCAAUGGUUGACGGACAAUUGGCGCAAGGAGGAGGAAAUAGAACAAUGGAAACAAAGAAAUGCAUCUUCUUUGUCACUUAUUAGAAGAAUUCAAGCUCUUAGCAUACAAUGAAACUUGCCUAUAAUGUAAACAAUUAGAUAUGCUUAUAUUUACCGCAACCUGUGUUGUAAAAUUAAUUAUCUUUUGCCUUUUAUUCUUUAACGUCAUCUGAAGGGA